AUGAACUCAGCUGAAGAUGCGAACAACUUGUCAAACCGCGAGACUGAAGCCGGCAGCCAAACAAUGGAGGCGAAUGCGGAGCCGACAACGACGACAGCCACAAUGACUGCUGUUGCGACCACGUACAAGCCCGAGCUCGCCCCGGCCCCGUCAUCGCCGACUGCCCUCCCCGAAGAGCCUGCGCUGGAGGAAAUGCCCCUUCUGACCCAGGCGGAAAGCGCGGGAACCAGCGGUAGCGGGGAUGAUUUGAUGACCAAGGUCUUUCAGUUCCUCUCCACCGCCACCCCGGAGACGUUGGCCGGCGUAGGGGUCGGUCUGGCGGCGGUCACCUACUUCAUACUCGGCCAGCUGGGCCUGUUGCUCAUUGGCGCAUUUGCGGGAGUUACGGCGUUUAUAUCAUGGGAGUCCAAGAACUUGCAGGUCGCGCAGAGCCUCAAGGGAGAGAAGGGGACGGAAGUCCUGGCGAGGAUAUUAGACUUGAAGGAAGACAUGCGACGGAAUAAUGCAGAUGCUUCAUCAGAAAAUCAGCUCGACGAAAGCGCGGAUCUGAAGGGGUUUGAAGAUUUUCAGCCAGAGACACGGGAUGCUUUGAACAACCUGGUCGAUGCAAUCAUCCGGGAUUAUGUCAAGUGGUGGUACAGUCCAAUUGUACCUAUGGACCAAACCUUCCCGUUGGCUUGCCGCAAAGUCCUCACGUCCUUUCUUAUCUCGGUUUCCAACCGGCUCAGCAGGAAGCGUCCUGCAGACACAUUUCUCGACUUCCUUACCAACUCGUCGUCCAUCGUCAUCGUGUUCUUCUCUGAGCUGUCAAUGGCGCUGACGGAGGAACCCCCGAACGACACACGGACUGUAACUGAUUCUGUCGGUAACUACCUGGUCUCAAAUCCCGACUCCAACUUGGCGAACCUCUUGAACCAGAAACAGCAGGCCGCCAAGUUCAGAAAUGUGGCGGAUGACCUCCUGGGCUUCCUCGACCGGCCCACAUAUGGUUGUGACCCGGCUCGGGUGUUUCUCCGAGAAAUCCUGGCUGGGGUCAUAUUAGAAAUGACACUCAAGUCUUGUUCCAAGCCGGAGUGGAUCAAUGGUUGGAUCGUGUACCUGCUCGAGGGCGGUGAGCCUGAUUUCAACCAGGCCAUCGACGUUGGGAUGCAGACAGGACCCGAUUCCAACAAGAGCUCCACCGAAGUCGACGGCAAGAGCGGUCGCAACUCUGUAGAUGCGGACAAGUCGCAGCGCAAGGAGAGCAUGUCCAACCACAGGAAAAAGCUUAGCAAGGCCGACGAGGAGAUGGACAACGCACUGGAAGAGAUAAAGAAGCUCAACCAGAUGAUAGCAGAUGAGGAAGCACGAAGGAAAAAGGAGUCUGCUGCAGGCGUGGAGCAGGGAGAAGAGUCGAAAAGUGCUGCUGAGGCAUCAUCGCGACUCGCUGACGCAAUGAAGCGCAAUGCGGAUAGUUUGGACAUGCAGACAAAUCCAGAUACGACCAUGCAAAAAAGCACUGGGCCGCUAUCACCGACAAGUAAACAAACAUUACCCAGCGAUGUUUCUGGGGAUGAGUCCUCAGCUAGAACGGGCUCUACCCAGGGGCCCCUUACCCCAGGAUCUUCAGAAGUGGAGGCACCUAGUCAUCCUUCAGCACCAGUGAAAGAGGAAACCACUGCGCAAUUUACCAAUUUCGACCAGCUGGUCCCGCCCGCACAGGAUGAGCCAGAGCCUGAAGCGGAACCUGCGCGCAAUAGCCCACCGCCGCUCACCCUUCACAACGCGAGCAUCACCAUCCACGACGAUGGUAUGUCCGACGCCAAGAAUCGUAUUAGGAAUAGACCGACCUGGGACUAUCUGAUCCAAGUCGAACCCGCAAACCCACAACACCCGGGAUGGAUGAUUGUCCGCAAGUACGCCGACUUUGAACAGCUGCACGAGAUCUUGGCGCGGAUUGCCAAGAUCUCAGGGGCUACCGCGUUCACGGAACAGCACGGCAACCUGCCAGCCUGGCGAGUGCAUACCAAGGUCUCCCUGCGCGGGGAGCUCGAGCGCUAUUGCCGUGAUGCAUGUCAGAACAAAUCGCUGGCUACGAGCGAGGGUAUGAAGCGGUUCCUCGAAAAAGACAUUAUGCACAGUCGCGCCCAGUCAAAGUCGGGGUUCGAAGCCUUUGAAACCAUGGGCAAAAACGUAUUUGGGGUUCUCACCAGCGCGCCCAAGGGCGUUGCUGAUGGAGGCAAGGCUGUUGUGGGUGGUGUUACGGGGGUUCUGGGCAACUUUGGUCUCGGCUCGAGGAAGAACACAAGCUCCUCCCUGAAGCAGCUACCGCAACAGCAGCAGCAGGUGGACAGUGAUCCCCCUACGCCUGUCCCCAAUACGGCCACGAAACGGCAUUCUGUGCCCCUACCUUCCCCAACUAGGAAUGACAGCGGUCUUUCCGUGAUUAACAAUGGCCUCAAAAGCCGGGACAGCAUGGAUAGCCAGAGAUCGUCUGUGAUUUCAACUCAGCCGGCCAAGAUCCCUCCAAUGGAGCGUCGGCCCAGCUGCAACUCACAGCACGAAGGAGCCGACGGGACGGCGGGGGAUUCCGCGGGCUUACGACCUGACCGCUGGGAUAUGGCGUCACCAACGAGCGCGAUAAGCAGUCACAACCACAGCCGUACAUCAAGUGUGGCGCCUCUUCGGUCGCCAUCGUCCACGAGCUUGAGUGGACUGAAGCUGCCGCCUCCACCUACCGAGAUUCCAGAUGAUUACAGCAUGCCUGAGACUGCCACGAAGCUCAAUCCUCUUCACGAAGGUAACGCGGUGGCAGCUACAGCAACACCAUCACCUUCCAAUGCCCCAUCGACAAACGGCUUCGGGCGACCUCCGAAGCGGCAGCCGCGGACGUUUCCACCAUUGUCGGAACAGGAGACGAGCGUGGCGGUGGAACUCCUGUUUGCCGUCAUCACGGAGCUCUAUACGCUCUCGCCGUCGGCUUGGAACAUCCGGCGGACGCUCCUGGCGGCGGCCAAGUCGUUCCUGCUGAGGCCCGGGAACCCGUCGCUCGAGUCCAUCAGGCUGCUGAUCCAGGAGACGGUGCUCGACUCGGCGGCGUCAGAUGAGGGUGUGGCGGCGCAGCUGCGCAAGCUGCGGGAGAACUCGGUCCCGACCGAGGAGGAGCUCGCGGCGUGGCCGCCCGAGAUGUCUGACGAGGACAAGGCCAAGCUGAGGACUAAGGCCAGGCGGCUGCUCAUCCAGAGCGGGGUGCCGGCCGCGCUGUCCGGGGUCAUGGGUCAGCAGGCGACGAGCGAGGCUUUGGGAAGGGUCUUUGACUGUCUGCAGGUCGAGGAGGUCGCCAGGGGUCUGGUCUUUGGCAUUAUGCUGCAGGCCGUACGGGCGAUAACACACUGA